AUGCGUUACACUAUCGUCGCCGCCGCUGCCUUCUCGGCUCUGGCUUCCGCCUCCAGCACUGCCAACCCCUUCAGCAACCCCACCGGUGGCUAUGUUUUCACUGCUGGAGAUUCCACCACCCUGACCUGGGACCCUACCACCAGCGGCACUGUCUCCCUGCGUCUGCAGUGGGGUUCCGUGACCACCGCCGAGUCCGGUGAUGCCAUUGCCUCUUCCAUUGACAACAGCGGCACCUACACCUGGGAUGUCCCCACUGAUCUGAUUGAGGACCAGGAGUACACCAUCGAGAUCCUGGACGACAGUGACGCCGAUGACUACAACUUCCUGCCUUACUUCACCGUCGCCGGCGCUACCGCUACCGCCUCUGCUACUGCCACUGCCACCAGUGCUGUUGUUUCCACCACCAGCUCUGCUACCUCGACCUCUACUGCUUCGUCUUCCUCCAGCACCAGCAGCUCGUCCACCAGCAGCACCAGCAGCUCUAGCGCCGCUACCACCUUGACCACCCAGUCCAGCACCUCGGCCUCUACCAGCGCUUCCACCAGCGCCUCCAAGUCUGCCACUACCAGCUCUGCCUCUGCCACCACCGACUCUGCCACCACCUCUGCCUCCCAGACUGCCGUUCCCACCAACGCUGCUGGCAUGAACCGUGUCUCUGGUGGUUUGCUGGCCGUCGUUGCCGGUGUUGCUAUGCUCCUGUAA